UGACAGUUGCGUUUUCUUCUGCGGUUACGAACUAAACAAAUCUGACUUGCGGCACCAAACAGAGAAACAAUUCGCACAUCGGUGGCUUAAACCGACAUCAUACCUGUGGAUAUAAAAACAACGGAUACCAUUUUAAGCCCUUUUAUGCGCGAUUUGCAUAGUAAGCCAUCCGCUGUUAUCGUGUCGACUGUGUUUUGAUUCACUUUGCCAAGAAACAUGAUCCUCAUCAUCAGCCGCAAACAAAACAUGCCCGCCGGUGGAGCGAUAUUUAGCUUGCUGUUAGCGGUGUCUAUACAUCAGUGUUUUACCAAUGAAGUUCAACCCACUGUGACUGCUUCUGCAACCAGCCCUCCUCCGGUAACCCCUGGCCCUCCUGAGCGGGGCAACUACAAUGUCACCAAUGCCACUGGCACUGUCUGUCUCUUGGCACGAAUGGGCCUGCAGCUCAACAUCAGCUAUCUUUCAAGCUCUCAUGGAAAGACAGUUCAGGAGCUUAUGAACCUGCAUCCAAACAUAACUAAGACUUCUGGAUCCUGUGAGCCAGACAAUGCAACGCUCAUACUCACUGAAAACAACAUUACUCUGACGUUAAUUUUCACCUUGAAUUCCACAUUGAACAAGUACCAUCUUAGUGGUUUGGAGCUGUUAGCUGCAUUACCAAACAUGUCAAAGAAGCUUUUUGUGAGUAACACCAGUCUGAAUUACUGGGUGGGAACACUGGGCCAAUCUUACAUGUGUCGGAAGGAACAGUCCCUGAACGUUACGCAGGAUUUCUCGCUCAACACCUUCGAGCUGCAAGUGCAACCUUUUGAUGUGAAUGGAGACUUUGGAUCAGCUGUGGAGUGUGGGCUUGAUGAGGAUGAUAUGUUGAUUCCGAUCAUUGUGGGAGCUGCUCUGGCUGUUCUAGUGCUCAUAGUGAUCAUGGCCUACCUCAUUGGCCGGAACAGAAGCCACGCUGGCUACCAGACCAUCUAAACCCUGUAUUUUAAAGCUAGGACAUGCAGGCGCCACCAAUUUCUCCUCUAAACUGGACUAAACUCUAUACUACUAAACCUAUAGCACUAAAAAAGUACAGCUGCAUAGUUUAACCUGCCCUGACCCCUGCUGGUGUCUCACUGCCACAACUAAGGUGGACCUGCAUUUCCUGGACUUUGUUGCAUUUUGUUAAGUGUGGGGAAUAUAGUAUAAAAUAAUAAAUUCAUACUCGCUUAAAGGAAUAGUUCAUCUUGAAAAUAAAAAUCCUGUCAUCAUUUACUCAUCAUCUUGUCAUUUCAAACCUGUAUGACUUUCUUCUCACAACACAAAAGAUAUUUUGAAAAAUGUUAGUGAUGGAAAACCAUUGGUCACCAUCUUUUUAACCAUACAAUAGAAGUAAAAAGUGGACGGACAGUAUUUGGUUAGAAACAUUUUUCUUCUUAUGUGUUUGGCAGAAGAAAGAAAAAUCACAGGUUUAAAUGACAACAGGGUGGGUAAAUGAUGAUAGAAUUUUCCUUUUGAAGGCAAACUAUUCCUUUAAGGUGCAGGGCGAGUUCUAACAUGUGUUUAAAGCUCUAGGUCAUCCUCAAAUGUUUGUUUACAAUGACCCCUUUUAUGCCAUAUUAGGAUGAUCAGUAUACGGUCUGGUCUUUGUUACUGAGGCAUAUUACGGGUCUUAGAAAACAUACAAUCUGUAUUUGGUACCUCAUAUGCUUAGAUUUAAAGUCAUACGUUUAUAUAACUAGGAGUAUAUAGGGAAAUUGUUGCUAAUGUUGUAAAAGGGACUACAUAUUUAACCUAUUUAACACUUUUCUGAUUCUGAUAUCCAAAUACUUUUUGUGAUUUGAGCUAUUCUUGUUUAGGGAGAACAUGCUGAGAUUCACCAGAUAAAUGCUGUGAACAAAGCCUUACAUUUUGAGUCUGAUGUUAAUACAUUUUAAAGAAAAAUUCCAGAGUGCAGAAAUCUGAGAUACAAACAGUUUGUUAAAUAAAGGGAAUGUCUUAUCUAGCAUAGAAACUCCUUCUGUACUUUCUAAGAGUUCCUUCUCUCCCAUAUUACAUAUCAAAGAUGUGAGAGAAUUAUGUUGCCUGCUUGCUUCUUUUUACCACUUAUUGGAUUUGCACUCAUUAACAAGAAUUAAAAAGGAAGUACUAUUCUGUAAAGGAACGAAAUAUAAUGGUAUUGCACUACUGGGAUGAAAAAGGGUACGAUUCAUGUUAACAUAAAGAAUAACUUAGAAUAUUAUAGACACCAGGUUAAACUUUUACAAAUGCAAAGUGCACUGAAUGCUUAUUAUGCCUCUACAAAUAUGGGUGAUAUAUAGAGGUCUGUAAAUGAAACAACUGCAUGAAUGGAGUUGAUGUGGAUAUUGAUGUGUUGCCUUCAAUUGCUUUAACUUUCAUAUUGUUUUAGGGAAUGCCAGUCAAUUUUCUAAAUAAAAAAAUAAAAAGUU